UCCCCCCAAUUCCACCACCCACCCACUGGCCACUCAUAAUAAGCGGACUUUGUUAAUGGAACAAAACGCUGUUGCAUCAAAAAAACCCGGCGUUUUCUAUUCCGUUUCUCGUUCCGUCAUUAUUUCUUUCGAUCAUGGACGAUCCGCCAAUGUGGGGUGCCACCACACGAUCUGAUGCGACAAUUUGGGAAGAUUGUACAAAAACAAUAAUUGGGCUGCUAGAGGAUAGCUUUGAGAUCGAAAAUAAGGGUCAGACACAUAAGCGAUCUGACGUGUCAAGUACAAGACCGACUUCCAUGUUGCGCCCAGGGUUCCAGGCAGCUGUCAACAACAGUAACGGCUCGUUAUUGACGACUAAACGAAAGCGCAGCACCUUCUCAGACAAUGCCCGCGAUCGCAAGAUGCAACGAAUAUCCAACAGUUUGGCCAACGACAUUGCAAGGCACUUGUCCAUGACCGGCCCCGAAAAUAACAGACCUGCGGCAACAACAUUAACACCAACCGAGCAUGACGUUGAUAUGGAUACCAAUAACAACAACAAUAAUAGCAUUUAUAAUAAUAGCAUCAACAAACCUGUACCUCCACGUGUAUAUAAACGACCUAUACGGAAAAGUUCAGUAUUACGUCGAUUCAACAACAAUAGUAAUACUGGCUAUCAUGACGGUUUCAACACCAAUUUUGGUGGUGGCCAACAGCAACAACAGGACGCUACUUUUCUACGACGCAUAUCAGGAAUGCAAGCUGCCACAAACAACAACCAACAACCAAACAGAAUGGUAGUAGCCAUGGACUUUGAUCAGUGGCUCAAAACACAAGCACAACGACAGAAUCUCAAUAUUCUCGAGUAUCGACAAGCGUUUCAUGAAAAGCAAAACCAGCUACAACACUGUUUGACACAGAUUGACACCGCCGACCAUACAAAGUCAGACGAUCAGCGAUUUCAAAACGUAAAGGAGAAUCUCGAUCGAAUAUUAAAGAUUGCCGAUGAAUUAAGAGGCGAUCGCUCGGUAGCGUUUGCAGAUAUAUUCCCAGAAUGGAGAGCGUUUGAAGGACACAUCAACAAAAUUGCUACUUAUGUACAGUCAAUCGAAGAUAUGAAAGAACUCGUAAUUCAAGCAAUACCACGCACAAGCGAUUUACUGUAUGAUAUCCGAAGGUUACAAUCUGUGCUUGAAUCAAAGAUGACUUUGUAUGGAGACAACCUUGUGCAGAAUGGACUAGAAUGGAAGGCCAUGGGAAUGCCCGUCGACGAACAGCUGAUUGCCACAGUGAAAGGAUGGUUCUACAACUUGUGCAUCGGCCUUAUUAGCGAACUCGAUACGGAGUGCUCCAAGUUGCAGAGUCUGGUGACAGAUAUGCGGGAACUUUUACAUCAUCCUGAUGGGGAUAAGUUGAUGGAAUCGAUCCAAAAUGGCGUGGAGUUUAUCGCAUCUGUCAUCUCCUUUAUUGGUCUACCAUCACGAAAAUUGACGUACGGAUGUCGGAUACUUGCCACUAUCUAUGGUCAGUGGGCCUCAGAAAAUUUGGAGUUUCUGCGCGAGACGCAGCAGGUGAACAAACAAGGAUCGCCGAAAUCUUCUACAUGUACAUCGAGCAGCAGCACAAGCACUAGCAGUAAUAAUAGUCUUGCCGACGUCAAGAUGGCUAAUUCGACAUCUGCAGCAGCAACCACAACAACUACAGCUGCAACAAGAUCAUCCACAACCACGAACAGUACUGCUAAUACUGCUACUCUUAGUCACAGUAGCACAACAGCUGCAUCGUCUACGGCACGGGUCGAAAUCCGACUUAUGCAAUGGAUGGACGGGAUUGUUCAAAUCCUGACGUCGCUACAAACACUGCAAGAAGUAUCCCUGACGACUACGCAGGACAAAGUGAGCAAGGACUUGGAGCAAGAGGAAGAACGCAGCACAACAACACAGUUUGAUUCCGAGACACUCAAUGUGCUGGAGAACCUUGCAUCGACGCUUGUGGAAAUUGUGGUGCGCGCCUUGGCGGUGAUUGAGACGACGCGCAGUAAACGAAGGAAUAACACUCAUACCCGACAGCAGGGGAACAUCAUGAUGAACCCCGAGACGUCACUCAUUUAUAUGCAACGGUCUGUACUGACUUUUGUUGACCGGUUGAUGGAACUUGCAGGCAGAGAACAUAUCGAUGGUCCAAGAAUUCAGGUAGCUUUUUCCCAUUCGAUAAUUGCUGGAGAGGAUGUUGGAUGACAAAGAUGAUGAUGAUGGGGAAAGUGGUAUGAGAAAAUCAAAGCACCCUGUGCAUAAUUAACAUACAGUAUUUUUUAUUCUUCUACUUUUUAUUAUGUCGAUCUUGGGUUACAGAGACUGCAUGGACAUCUGGAGCAGAGCGAAGAAGAUCUUCAACUGUAAUAAAGUUCAGCAAUUAUCAUCAUCAUCAUCAUCAUCAUUAAAGGGCUCUCUCUCUCUCUCUCUCU